AUGCAGUCUAUAACCAUCGGAAAAUCUGUAACCAUCGGAAAAUAUCAACCUGAGGAUUAUACGCAUGAAAAACUUUAUUAUGAUGAUUACUAUAGGAUAGUCGGUCCUGAUUUUGUUUUCCACCCUACUGACAAUCAAAUUAUUGUAGGUUACUUGAUCAACAAAAUCAAGAACCAGAAGAUGCCUCUCCAUUGGAUUAAACUUGCUAAUAUAUACAAGAUCGAUCCGGAGAAACUUGCUGAUGAAUAUGGGCAGACUAUAAAGAAAAUUUUGUACUUGUUUACAUUAAGGGAUGAAAAAUGCCAAAACGAGAAAAUAAGUUUAUCUACAAUUGAUGGAGCUAUUGAUCCUCUGCCUCCGAAAUACAGUCAUGUUGAAGGACAAACUAAGUUGGAGAAGGAUUGGGUUUUGUGCAAAAUAUGCAACACUGAGAUUGAUUCAGAAUCAGAAGAAUGGGUUGAAGACCCAGAUUACGUCUCAGAAGACCUUAUAUGUUUGUCAGAUUUGGAGGCUGACUAUUUGAACCCAUAUGAACUAGCAUCUCGCAUAAAUGCUGUAAUUCUAUUUCUCGUAACAGGACAUUGGUUCAUGUUCCUGAUGACACUGCUUCCUGCAUACUAUAAUGUGAAGAAAUACUUGAUACGUCAGCAUCUUAUUGAUGUCAUCAAAGUUUUUAGAGUUCUUGAAGCCGAGAAGACGGCUCAGAUUUGCAAGCUAGGUUUUAUAUAG